UAAAAAGUCAUCGCGUGUGUUGAAUUAAUAAAAUGUGGAAUAUCUGUGUUGGAUUUUGACAAUGUCUUCAAGACAGCUUCCCGAUUCUUCAUCAUCACCCCCGAUCAAUAUGCAGUUUGGUGGAUUUAGUGCUGGUGAACUUUCCGAAGAAGAAGUCACCGAACUUCCAAGUUGCGCUUUUGCAACAAGGGCUACUUCAAGCAGUACAAGUCUUCAACAUCAUUAUUUAACAUCUUUACAUCACGCAACGGACACCAAUCAAUGUUCUGGAAGCUCCAUGACCCAAGAUUACUAUGGAAGCUCACCAUAUCGAGUCCAGAGACAUGCUGCCAACAUUAGAGAACGAAAAAGGAUGCUGAGGUCUGCUAUAGGACCCAACGGCAGUAUCAACUCCGCUUUUGAUGAACUUCGAAUGCACGUCCCAACGUUUCCCUACGAAAAACGAUUAAGUAAAAUAGACACUCUUCGUUUAGCAAUAGCAUAUAUUGCGUUGUUAAGAGAAGUUCUUACGGCUGAUUGUGAUCCUUUAACUUACGUGGAACGAUGUCUUCGCGGCGAAAUAAAAGCUGAUAGAGCUAAUUGGAAUACAAGUGAUUUAACAGCGAGAUUAUCUUGGAUUAAUUGGGAAAAUUUAGGUGUUAAUCCAGGACGAAGAAGCACAUUAACAUCAUUGGCGUUAUCUUCGGAUAGUAUGAAUCAAUAAUGAAAGAAAAUUGUUGAUAAAAAAUUGUUUUGUUAAU